UAUUAUUCGUGUUAAGAAUGUAUAAACAAGCCUAAUAAAACGCAUAAGUUAUGGUAGAAGACAGAUUGAGACCAUACUUAAAAAUCAAUGAAAGAAAAAAUGGUGUUACAAUAGAUUAUCAGUUUUUAUACUAAUUAGCAUAUCGAGAAAGACAGUUGACGUCUUAACAUAUGUUAUUUUUUAUGACUUUAUUUAAAAAAUAUUUCUAAUAGAAAACAUAGGUAUUAUUUAUUAUAGAUAAGAUUUUUCUUGCUGAUUGUUACUUUUUUGUUGAUUUUAUGCCUUAAUUGACUAAACAAUUGCCUACUAAUGUCUUAUAAACAAAUGAAAAAGAUUAGGCUCAAUUAAUAACGCUAGAUAGUCCUUAUCCACCAUCAUAACCUACCGAUAUUAAUGGACCUUUUUAUGAAAAAUCACAAUAAAAACCUUAAGAGAAUAAAUAAUAAUAAUAAGUAGUUUAAUAAUUUUAGGAGACACAAAAUGGUAAAAAAUAUUAAUUUGUAAUCCAAAAUGUUUCAUAUUCAAAACCAGAAGAAGGCAAGUUUAGAUUACAAACAAUGCAAAAUCAACUAGAUUAGUAUUUAAAAUAAAAUUAAUUGAACCUUGAUUUAAAUCCUGUUUAUUAGCAUUCAUUUGCUUUUUUCCCAAUAAAUUUAAAAAAUACACAUUGGAUAAGUUUAAUUAUUGAUAAUUCAACAUAAACAAUACUAUAUUAGGAUUCUGCAUUGUCAGUUUAUUCUGAUAUAAAAGAAGGAAUUUUAAAGAUUUUAGAUUAUAAAAAGCCAGCCCCAAUAUAAUGGAGAUUUUAGACAAAAAGUCCAUAAUAAAAGUCAUCAUAAGUGAAUUAUAUUUAAAUAAUUAGGAUUGUGGAGUUUUUGUAUUAUAUGCUUUGUUUAUUUUAUAUACAGAAGGUAAAUUAGUUUAAGAAAAAUAGUAUGAUUAAAAUUACAUAACUAAAGUUAGAUAAAAUCUGUUAUAAUUAGCCAUAUAAGAGGUAGAAUAAGAAUUAAAUGCUGAAUAAGUAAAUAUAAUAGUAAAAGGUCUUUGA